AUGACGAUCUACACCUCGGACGUCGUCCUCCCGCGUAUCGACGUGUUCCGCUACAUGUUCCCGCAGGAGGCGGGCGAUAGCCCCAUCCCCAUGGCGGCGCGCAAUCCCAACCUCGUCUCGUACAUCUGUGGCAUGACUGGACGUCAGCUCAAGCGCGGCGAACUCGAGGAGAGCGCUAAGCGUCUUGCGUGCGGCCUCAAGAAGCGCGACAUUGGCCGCGGCGACACGACCUUGCUUUUGGGCCCCAACAGCCUCGACUGGAUCGUCGCGGCUUGGGGUAUGCAGGCGGCUGGUGUGACCGUGUCACCCGCCAACGUUGCGUACGGCCCGAAGGAGCUUGCGCACCAGUUCAACGACUCGGGCAGCAAGGCUAUCAUCCUCGCACCCAUGCUCCUUCCCGUUCUCGAGAAGGCGCGCCCGCUCUUCAAGAACGGCCUCAAGGACGAGCACAUCAUUGUCCUUAGCGGCACCGGCAAGUACCGCUCCAUCUACGAGAUCAUGGACUGCCCCCGCCGCCCCGAGCAGUUUGAGGGCGACGAGGCCGACUCCACCGCCUGGCUGUGUUACUCGUCCGGCACGACCGGCCUGCCCAAGGGUGUCAUGAGCUCGCACUUCAAUAUGACGAGUCAGAUCCAGUGCAUCACACCCUGUUACCCGGACCUGAAACCGGACACGGACGCCAUUCUUGGCGUCUUGCCAAUGAGUCACAUUUUCGGUCUCAUGGCCCUUGUCCACCAGCCCCUCACCAUUGGUGUCCCCGUGGUUGUCUACCCCCGCUUUGACGAGCUUGCCGUCCUCGACGGCAUCCAGAAGUACAAGAUCACCUACGCCAUUGCUGUUCCUCCCAUUCUCCUGUUGCUCGUGCACUCGCAGAACACGGCCAAGUACGACAUCACUUCGCUCAAGACAUUGCAGUCCGGCGCUGCCCCGUUGUCAGGCGAGCUCGCGGCAGCGUUCGAGAAAAAGUUCCCACAUUGCCAGAUUGCGCAGGGUUGGGGCCUUACCGAGACUUCACCCGCGAUCACGUACUGCAAGGCCGAAGACGCGGCCAAGCUGGACAAGAACGGCAAGAACCGCAAGGGGUCAGUCGGAAAGCUUAUCCCAUCGUACGAGCUGCGCCUGGUGGGCGACGACGGCAAGGAUGUGCCCGAGGGCCAGCGUGGCGAGCUUUGGGUCGCCGGCCCAUCAGUGAUGACGGGUUACCACAACAACCCCGAGGCGACCCGGAAGACGAUGGACGGCAAGUGGUUCAAGACCGGUGACGUCGGCGUGCGCGACGACGAGGGUUGGUAUUGGAUCGUUGACCGCGUCAAGGAGCUCAUCAAGUACAAGGGCUUCCAGGUGCCGCCCGCCGAGUUGGAGGCGCUUCUGCUCGAGCACCCACAGCUGCUUGACUGUGGUGUCGUCGGCGUGUGGGACGAAACGCAGGCGACUGAGCUUCCGCGCGCAUACGUCGUCGCCAAGCCUGGCCUUAUCAAGAACGCCCAGGACAAGGCACGCAUCGAGAAGGAGGUCGCCGAGUGGGUCCGCGAGCGCGUCGCUCAGCACAAGCGCCUCCGUGGCGGUGUUGUGGUCCUCGACGCUAUCCCCAAGUCACCGUCAGGCAAGAUCCUGCGCAAAGACCUCCGUGUGCAGGCGCAGAAGGAGCUCGAGGCCGAGAAGAAGGGCAAGGCCAAGUUGUAA